AUGGCGCAGCGCUCGGGGAAGAUUACUCUCUACGAGGGCAAGCACUUCACGGGGCGGAAGCUGGAGGUCUUCGGGGACUGUGACAACUUACAAGACCGAGGCUUUAUGAACCGGGUGAAUUCUGUCCGCGUGGAGAGUGGGGCCUGGGUCUGCUUUGAUCACCCCGACUUCCGGGGCCAGCAGUUCGUCCUGGAGCACGGCGACUACCCUGACUUCUACCGCUGGAACAGACACAACGACCACAUGGGCUCCUGUCGGCCUGUUGGAAUGCAUGGGGAGCAUUUCCGCCUAGAAAUCUUCGAGGGCUGCAACUUCACGGGCCAGUGCCUGGAGUUCAAGGACGACUGUCCCUUCCUUCAGAGUCAGGGCUGGACCAAGAACUGGGUCAACGCCAUCAAGGUGUACGGGGACGGAGCGUGGGUCCUGUACGAGGAGCCCAACUACCGCGGCCGCAUGUACCUGGUGGAGCGGGGCGACUUCCGCAGCUUCUCCGACUGGGAGGCCCAGAGCGCGCGCGUCCAGUCCCUUCGCCGGGUGGCCAACUUCUUCUAA